UGUAGUUCCACAACACGCAUGUAACACGACCAACAAACUCUGGCGACAUGAGUGCUGAUAGUUGUGGUGGAAAAGUGGCUUUACGGAAUCUGGUCAACUCCAUCAACUGUAUCCGAGACCGAGUCAGAGAUGGAGAAUCAAACGAGUCCGAUGGAGCAUUCAACCUCUCCAACUUCUGGGACACUUUGAAUCAGGCAGUGAAGGCAGUGUCCCAGGAAGCCACUAAACUCAGCCUGGCCUUCUCCAAACCUCCUCUGCCAUCACAACAAGAUGGAGAGAAGCUGGCAGAUUCCAUCAUGAAGAGCAUCCUCACACUGUCUACAGUGUAUUACUGGCUACCUAAGAGCCAAGGGCUGGCUCUGCGUCGACUGGUCAGAGAUGCUACUGUGGAGGUUCUAGAGGGAGUUGCACAACUGGUAGAGGUCAUAGUGAGCUCACCUCUAGAAAGUCUCAGCCAGGAACAGCUGAUGUCAACAGGAGGAGUGUGGUCUGCCUGCGACCAGUUCCCUCAGUUGUCAAAAGAUAAUAAGGCAGCAGUGGUCGUGGUUCUGUCGUGUGAGGUUCGAGUUGUGAAAGAUGCCAUAGAGGAAAUUGAACAGGCAUUAGCUGAGGGUGAAGACCCAUUCAACGACGUACUCGAUGAUGACCAGGAUGGAGAUGAACCCCGAGGCAACCAGGAUACGUACUGGUCAGAGAACGAUCGGCAGGUGAUUGGUGCGUGCCAGGGACUGAUAAAAGCAGCAGCAGCUUGUCUGAGGAAACUUAAAUCAGCUGUCAAAUCCAACGGUGACUUCAGCACUCCUCAGAACGUGUCACAGCUUGACGACUUGGCUGAUAUCAGCAAAGAAAUCAGCCCUGGCGUUGAUGAUCUGGCCCUUUGUCUCUACCCCCCCAUGGAUUAUAAUGGCGUCGAAACCAAUGUGUGUAAAUUAGCAGCACUUCUAAAGAAAGUUCUGGAAAUCAUCAGGUCCAGUCACGUGUGUGGGGAGUCAGAACUGACCUGGGUUCAGUUCUUAGAUGGAGCCAUCGAUCACAACCUGCAGAAAGCCAAAGACCUCAUUCAGCAGGAAAGCUAGUGUAUCUGUGCAGUUAGGCGUGUUUCUGUUGGGGUUUUUUUUUUUGUUUUUGUAUAAAAAUGCUAUGGAUUUUGAAACAAGUAGAAAUGUGUGCACAAAGAAAAAUGAUUAAGAGGUGGGACUUCUUACACUGUUUUUUGUGAGAACACAAUGUAAGCUGCAUAAAAUAACAUGUCAUAGAUCUCACUUACUUGGUACAAAUAAACUGCAUUUUCAGUUCUGUUAAAAUGAAAAAACAGCUUCAUCAACAGAUUAUGUAAGCAAAAUAAAACAAAAUCACUCUGGUCAUUCA